ACAUGUAGAAUAGAAGCGUUAAGCUAUUUCUUUUCGAGUUUUUCAACAGAAAUAAAUCUUGUAUCGUCAUUAUAACAACAUUUUCAAAAAGUAGAAUUAUUGAAAUAUUUUUUCGAGGGUUGAAAGAGAAGCUUUCGAAUGACGAAUAUUUCCGAGACAUUCAUAGGGAAACUACUUUUCCUUGGUUGGCCAAAAGAAGUAGACAUAUAUUGAUUAAAAUUAAAGGAUAUGGCUGUUAUUGAAGAUCAGCAAUUUUGUCUGAGAUGGAAUAAUUUUCAAGCAAAUUUCACAUCGCAAUUCGAAACCUUAAGGGACGAUGAAGAUUUCACAGACGUCACGAUUGCCUGUGAAGGUCAAAAACUACAAGCACAUAAAGUUGUUCUUUCAGCAUGCAGCCCUUAUUUCAAGGAAUUAUUCAAAACCAACCCAUGUUCACACCCAAUCAUCUUCAUGAAAGACGUGGAGGCUCAACACAUAGUAGCCUUAAUGGAAUUCAUGUACGCCGGAGAGGUGAACGUAGCUCAAGCCAACCUCUCGGCCUUCUUGAAGACCGCAGAGUCCUUAAAAAUCAGGGGACUGACGGACACAAGUACUUCCUACGACAAUGAACCUCCCAAAGAAGAAGACACCCUGUAUCUCAACCCACAGUCCUCCAAACACUCGAUAAGCAGGCAGAAGAGCAGCAAGCCCCAUAUAUCUUCCUCUAGUACCGUUACCUCUAGUCAAGACGUACCAAAAGAGAUGUCGCCUAGUCCUAGUCCACCUCCCAAGAGGCAGUGCAAGUCUGUGUCUGACGUGUCUCGUCCAAGACCUGUGAAGGAGGAAGUAAUCAGCGGCGUCAACCCGUUUGCCAUACAGACUGAAGUGAGAAGUCAAUUAGAGAUAAUUAGUAAGAGUCCUUUAGAGCCAAAGAUAGAGCUGCCUGAUUAUUCUAGUGACGAUGAGACCAGAGAGGAUAUUUCCAACUAUUAUGGAGGGUCGGAGUUAACUGAACUUCCAGGUGGAACAGAAAUCAUACCACAAAACCUAAAAGGGGCAACACCUGAACUGACUUUACAGAAUUUGCUCAGAUUCAGAAGGAGACCUCCUGAGUCCUGGCUGGAUUUUGCUGAAUCCGAACUCUGCAGCUCAUGGAAAAAAGAAGAAAAGAGUAACAGACUGAUAAAAUUAGGAGAUGGUAUAGAAAUAUACGAGGACCAAUUGAGAAGUGUGAAAUGGAAUGAUUACAGGAAGUUAACCAGGGGUUUAGCAACAAUUUUAUUCAGCCCAGCAGAGCUGGCUACUUGCUCAGUCACUGGCCAGAGAUGGAGUAGAGCUGGUAGCGUAGAACGGCCAGUGAAACCAGCCUUAGAUAGAACAAAAGUUCAAGCAAUAAUAUCAUAUGUAGCAACUCGUUUUCCAAUGAUAGAAGUUAGUAGAAUAAAGCAAGUGCUUGCUUACAAAUGUAAAGAAAAUUCAACAGCAUUGAGAAUGAAAGCUGUUAGAUAUUAUGGGAACCAAGUGCCAAAAUAGGUUUAAAAAACCCCAAAUAGGAUUUUUCACAUAUCAGAGUUAUCGAUAAUUUGUUUUUUACCUUGCAUAUAUCUAUUAGAGAAUGUUAGGAAGGCAAGAAUUUUUAAUUAUUUCGUUUGUUGAAGUUUGAAAUUGGAAUAGUUGAGUUUUUACAAUUAAGUCAAAGUGUUUUUGCAAUAUCAUCAUGUCUUUGGUGAAAAGUUUAUUUCUAGUCUUUUUCAGUUGAAAAUAUUAAUGUAUUACAUAUAUCUAUUUACAUUGUUUUAUCAUAUGGUAUUUUUAAUUUUUUGUUGGAUGUUGACGGAUGAAACAGGGAAAAGAAGAGAUAAGUAAAAUUUGUAUAGAUAAGAAAUAAUUAUGAAUAUUAUCCAACUGUUGAGUAUUGAGCAUU